AUGAACAGGGCUAUGGGAUCGAAAUGCUUCAAGUGCCCAACUUUUCGUGCCGGAAAAUGCUCGGGAAACCCUGCCAUUAUGCCAGCCAAGCGGCGCUUGGCUACUGAGGCCGCACCUCUCACCCGAAAAGAUAAACAGGAAGGAGAUAUAUCGUCCGUUUUUACAUCUUUUUCUGGUCGAAAGGCCGAACCUCUGCCAGAACGAUUUCGAGACCUGAAACAUAGGCUCACUGUCGGAUUCGAGGAGCAAAUUCAAAGAUCGUGGGAUAAUUUGGUUGAGGUUCUAGAAGUCCGGACCGAAGAAGUUGCUACCAAGCGAGAAUCUAUAAUUCCUCAGAUUAAAUUUUCGGACAUUCAAAACGGCGCUGUACCUUCAGCUAUCGUCGAUGCUGUUCGACGAACUGGUGUUGCUGUUAUUAGAGGGGUCAUGCCGAAAAAUGUUACUGAAACUCUUCUUUCUGACGUUCGCCAAUAUCUUUCCGCACACACAUUCAAGGGUUUCCCCUCGAACACAGACGAAAAGGUUGUCUACGAGUCUUACUGGAGUCCAUCUCAGGUCAAGGCGAGGUCGCAUCCGAACAUGCUUACCACACAGUCGUGGAUGAACCAGCUGUACACCGCUGAUGCUAACCAGAGAAUUGAUCUAACAGUUCCGCUCUCUUAUUGUGACCGAGUUCAAAUUCGUCCAUCAGGCGACAAACAAUUCGCGCUCUCCCCCCAUGUGGACGGUGGAGGUAUUGAAAGGUGGGAGGACAAAGUCUACAAUCAUGUUUAUCGUAAGAUCUUCCAGGGAAAGUGGCAAGAGUACGACCCGUGGGAUCUGUCCGGUCGGCUUGAUGCCAAUAUGAACAUGUACAACGGGCCAGGAGGUUGCUCUGUGUUCCGAACAUUUCAAGGCUGGCUGGGAUUGUCUCGUCAUGGACCCAAUCAAGGGACUCUUGUUGUUCACCCUAUACUGCAGCCGUCCACCGCUUACUGGAUGCUCAGACCAUUUUUCAAACCUACUCAGAAGGGCUCGUUGAAUGGAUGGAAGUUCUCUCUUGACGAUGAUGACGGUAACGUCUUCCUCCACGGGGCAAACCCUGGAACUGCUCAAGAGCACAACCCUGAUUACCACCCUCACUUGUUGCUAAGCGAAACUAUGAUACCAUAUCCUACUGUUGAACCGGGUGAUACUGUUUUCUGGAGCGCGGACAGUAUUCAUGGUACGGAGAGCGAGAACACAGGAAAUGUUGACGCUUGCGUUUUCUAUAUUCCAUCAGUUCCGCUGACUCCCAAUAAUGCGCAAUAUAUAGCGCAGCAGCGGGACUCUUUCUUGAAAGGAGUCCCUCCGCCCGAUUUCCCAGGUGGUGCUGGAGAAUCUGAAUUUACUGACAGAGCAAAAAGCGAAGAUGUCAUAGGCGAAUCUGGCAGGCUCGCUAUGGGUUUGAGUCCCCUGAAAAUUGAUGGCCAGAGCGAGAGGCAAGGGGGGCUUGCGCGGGAGGUGAACAAAAUCCUAGGUUAUUAA